UUCUUUUUGUUUCUUCCUUUCUCUUCUUUUCUUCUUUCUUUUCUUCCUGUUUCUUUGCGUAGGGAUACUGCACGAGCAGGAGGACAUACGUAUCCUCAAGUAUUCACGCGAGUUUUUUUCAGACGAUCGUUGCGAUUCGACUUUCGUCUUGUUACGUGUGUCUUCGUUUCUUUCUUUUUUCUUUUUUUCUUUUCUCUUUUCAUUUUUAAGUUCGACGAUAAAAGUUUGGAUCUUUCUUUUUUCUUUCAGUACUCCCUUUUCUCUCCUUUUUCCUUUUUCUUCUCCCUGUUCUUUUCGCUGCAUUAAAUAAAAACUUCUUUAAUAAUCCUGUUCAUCACCUUUAUCAUAUUCCGCUUACUGAGGAAAGAAAAAGUUGAUCUCAGUUCGACAAAAUUGAGAAAAUAAGAAAAAGAAGAAGGGACAAGAAGGAAGAAGAAGAAGAAAAAAAAAGAAGACUCUCUCUCUCUCUCUCUCUCUCUCUUUUUCUGCAUCGACAAGUGACAACGAACGCUUCUACCCAGUAAAAGUUUUCACUCGUUCGAGCUUUCACCAUUUAUUUCCGUCAACUUUAGAGAAAGAAAGUUUCUGUAGCAGCACGAAAUACGAACGGUCAAGAUUUUCGUAAAGAAAUCAAUAAUAAAAAGGGUGGAUCGAUGUUAGCAGAGAUCGCAAAGGAAUUCAUGCAACGAUCGACUACUACCAGCCAGGUACUGAAUCUAAAUUUAUCUAAUCUACUGCUACUUCUCGUAUUAAAAGCUGUAGUUUUCGGUGCUGGAUAUAUCGGAAAUCAUGGUUACAAAGGACGCGAUUUGAACGAAGAAAAUAUUAUAUCCGAAGGAGAAGUUGCUUUGGCAUUGGGAUAUCUGAUCGGUGAUACGUGCCUGUAUAGAGCAGCAUGCGAGGAACCACAUAUCGCAAAGGAAUAUUUGGGUGCUGCUGAAAUGCUUUUAAAUACGAUGAAACUAAUGCCGCAGACCGUAUCCAUCGAACAUAAAUACGAAAAGACGAUAAACGAACUUCGAAAAGCUAUCGAGUACGGAAUUACAAGCGGAUGUCCGCCAGAAUAUAAUUGUAAAAAGGAAAAUAUCAAAGCUUUCUUAACGACGGAGAAGAAGAAAUAAAACGUAAGAUUUAUGUUCGAUGUUGGAAAGCUUAACGUAUAGCUUAACGCGUAGAAAAUGUUUUGAAUGUUUGUUAAAGGCACGCCAAAAGAAGAAAAAAAAAAAAGAAACGUUUGCUUUUUUUUCUGCAUGUCUUGUCUAUGUUAUUAUUGAAAUAAUUAAUUACUAAGAACGUUCUAUUUACACGAAUAAAAAUGUAAUAUAUAGGUUAUGAAUUUGAAAGUGGGUUAUUGCGUAUUACUCGUGCAUUUUCUAACCUAUACACAUUUCGACGAUGCGAAAGAUCAUCUGUUCGCCGUCAAAAUCUCUCUGUUUAUACUCACGUAAUUUGUUUUCUUUAGAUAUAUAAGAAAAUUAAGAAAAAGCUAUGGAAUAUAAUCGAGUGUCAUGGCCGUAUACGCAUUCUCGAUAUUAUUCAUACAAAAUAUAUAUAUAUCUAUCGCUUUCACUCCUAGAAAACGUGAAAUCUACUAACGUUGCGAUAAAAAAAAAGAACGUGUGAAACAAAAUUUUCUAAAAUAUUAAUAUAAGUUUCUAUGAAAAAAGAAGAAAAAAAUCGCACGAAAUUAUCAAACGAAAGAAAAAUACGAAAAUACGCAGCCGAUCAACUCGACGGUACUUUCGUCGUUUACAAUGAUAAAAGACGCUUUAGAUACAACGAAAGUAACAUCGAUAUCAUCGCGUAAAAAUUACUGCGAACGGAUUCAAAAUAAAAUAUCAAAAAUUGUAAGACUGCAAAUAAGUACAUACGUAUGUAUGUACAUACGAACGUGUUAGAUGAAAAGAAAAAGAGAACCUUACUCGACGAGAUACAGCGACUUAAUGAACCGAUAUCGAGUUCGAACGAAAGUUAAACGCUUCGAUCGUUCUGUUGUUUUGUUUACCUUUAU